AUGAGUGCCUUGUUAUUGGCCAUAAACAGGAUCAGCUCUCUGUUCAUGCCUUUGUCUUAUGAAAAGGUAAGAGGAUGACGGUUAGGACAUGUAGUAGUGAUUAAUGUUAGCAAUAAAUCUUGUAAGGUUAGGAUAGGAUAGAGGGUAGAGUAGGGCCUAAAGUAAAGCUAAGGUAAGGCUAGAGUAAGUUUAGAACAUGGGCUAAAACAAUGCUUGGGCAAGGACUAAAAAAGAGCUAGGAUAGGGGAAGGGUAGGUUUUAAAGUAAGUUAAUGUAAAGCUGAGACAGGGGCUAAAGUAGAGCUAGGAUAAAGCUAUGUAGGCUAAAAAAAGUUUAUGAUAAGACUAUGAAUCAAUCUUAAUUCUGUUACGGUAAAAAAGUUUAUAAUUUAAAAAAAUUUUAAUAUUUUGUAAAAUACGGCAUGGCAGCGACAGUUGAUUCGUUCUUUUGCUACUGUAGAUUUUUAGGUAUGGCGAGAGUACUUUGCAUGGGUAUUACUGUUUUACUUUGCUGUGCCAUUCUUUUUUUGCUUCCACCUAUUAGCAUCUCCAGUCUUUGUUUCAACUGAAUCUGUGGAUCACUUCUUCACUUACAAAGCCGUACUCACUGGAGCAUUCUUUGGGGUAGGUCAAGUUCUCAAUUUUGUGACAAACAUACUGUAUUUUUUAUUCAUUUUAUAAGUACUAACUUAAUGAGGAAAACACUCUUUUUUGUUGCAUAAAAGUACGAUUAGUAGCUAAAAAUUAAAAAUAUUGUAUUAUAAGCACAAAGCAACUGAUAAGGAGUUUGUAAACAAAAAACAGCUCAACAAGGUCACAAUAUUAUUCAAGUACGUCAAAAAUACUGUGAGCGUAUAUAUUAGUGGUAAAAAUAAUAAUCAAAGAUGACACAUAUGUCACGCUUUUUAAUUUUUAUGACGCAAAGAAUUUCAAAUUCAAACACAGAGUAUAUUUUAGUAUUUUAACUGUAAUUUCAAGCAAUAUACUGUGAAUUUCAAAAAAUUUUAAAAAAAUUAAGUUUUAAUUUUUAAAAUAUUUUAAAAAUUUACGUAGGGCCCAAUAUUUUUACACAAUAUAGAUAUACUAUUUGCGCUUAUGAGUACCGAUUUUCAAAAAAUUACAAAAAUUUUUACAAAAGUUACAACAGUUUCUUUGAGCGCAUUCUUAUCAUACCAUUAACUUCUUUGGGACAUAAUGGUCGCUUAUGUACCAUUUUUUCUUACUUUUUUCCGAUACGAUAAUUUGGAAAAAUUCGAUUUUUCAUAUAGUUUUAUUUGUCUUUAUCUUUCUUUCCUCUUUCCACGCUAUGUCUUACCAUAACUACAGUAUGCUGGUACCGUAAAACCUGAAGCCUCAACCCACGCUGCGAAGCCAUUUUUUCAAAAAUUUGAAUUCGAGAUCGGAGGGAGGCUGGCUGUGAGUGGGGUUUCGAAGCGAAGGAAAAGGCCGUUACAGUCAGCUGACUGUCGACCGUCUCUCACUUCGCCUUCGCUCUCUCCGCCCGUUGAGGAGACGGCUGCGGCGUCGGAGAGAAAACGAAGCUUUCUGAGCGAAGCGUUGUUAUAA